GUGGUCCAAGGCUUUUCUAACGUUUGGAUCCCUCCAAAAAUAUAAUUUCAUAAAAGAUACGGUUAUCUGUUUGUUGUUAAAAUGAACCCAAAAAGGAGGUGAGCGAAGCCGAAGCAUAUGCUAUGGGUGAAGUGUCGUCUUGAAUUGAGUAAAUACAUAUGAUGAUUGUGGCCCCUAUAAAUAACCCCCAUCCCCCUUUCAUUUUCUUCAUCACUACUCGACGUGUUCUUUCCCCCAUCCUUGAUAAUCCCAUCAAACAAUCUGGAACUCAAUAAUCAACUCAUAAUGGAUCACCGCAAGCCGCAACACGGAGGUUCUUCGUUUACCGAGAAUCUGUUUGGCCCAAAGGAUUCGCCGUCCACCUCCACCUCCACCUCCUCUUCCUCCUCGGGCCUUUUCAGCUCUGUUUUUGGUCCCUCCUCCACGGGUCUAGGAAGAGACUCAUCCCACUCUAAGAACACAGGAUCAUCCAAAAAACAGGAAUAUGGAAAUGGCAGGCAUUCAGCACCAGAUUACAAGACACAAAGAGGCAAUGGUGAAAAGCAAGGGAAUCCCAUUUACCAAAAUGAAACAGUAGAACCAAGCUAUCUGAGUUCAUCCAUUUAUUAUGGUGGCCAAGAAGUUUAUUCUCCAAACCACCAAACCAGUCGCCCUCACCAUACUUUCAAGAAAGAUGGAGGAGACGACGAUCCAAACGGGAGCAGUGCUUCCAGGGGAAAUUGGUGGCAAGGUUCUCUCUACUACUAAAUAAACUGGGAGUUGGAAGACGGUAAAGUUGGGUUGUGGUGUUCCUUGUGGGGUCUUCAUUUUCAUGAAAGUUGUACAUGAGCUGAUGUUGUGCUCAUUCAAGAGUCCUCAUGUCUGUUUGUCACUUUGUUUAAAGGCCUUUCUUUAGUUAGAGUUUCAAAGGUGUCUAUGUAUAUCUCCAAAUGAUCCAUCUAUAUAUAGUAUGGAGUAUGCGACUUGUUUCUGUACCUAAUUAAGACGGUUUUUGACUUCUCCC